GGGGCACUGAGUAAUGUAGCCAUUUCUGAGCCAGCAGCCGGGAAAAUGUGAGACAAUUCGCUGCUGCUGGAAGGAGAGCCGCGGGGCCGUGUUCCUGCAGGAGCAGAUUAACUUUACGGCGCUGGACCCGGGCGGAGCGAGCCGAAAUGGAUGACAAUAUGGACACAAAAUCCAUUCUAGAGGAACUUCUUCUCAAAAGGUCACAGCAAAAGAAGAAAAUGUCACCAAAUAAUUACAAAGAGCGGCUUUUUGUUUUGACCAAAACAAACCUGUCCUACUAUGAAUAUGACAAAAUGAAAAGAGGCAGCCGAAAGGGACUGAUUGAGCUCAAGAAAAUCAGAUGCGUGGAGAAAGUAAAUCUUGAGGAGCAGACCCCUGUGGAGAGACAGUACCCAUUUCAGAUUGUCUAUAAAGAUGGGCUUCUCUAUGUCUAUGCAUCAAAUGAAGAGAGCCGAAGUCAGUGGUUGAAAGCAUUACAAAAAGAGAUAAGGGGCAACCCCCACCUGCUGAUCAAGUACCACAGUGGGUUCUUCGCCGACGGGAAGUUCCUGUGCUGCCAGCAGAGCUGCAAGGCGGCCCCGGGAUGUACUCUCUGGGAAGCAUAUGCUGAUCUACACGUCGCAACCAAUGAAGAAAAACACAGAGCUCCCACCUUCCCAGACAGAGUGCUGAAGAUUCCUCGAGCAGUUCCUAUUUUCAAAAUGGAUGAACCAUCUUCAAGUACCACUCUAGCCCAGUAUGACAGUGACUCCAAGAAAAACUAUGGCUUCCAGCCAAAUGUCAAUAUGCAAUAUAUCCCAAGAGAAGACUGCCCUGACUGGUGGCAAGUAAGAAAACUGAAAAGCUCCUCUGAAGAGGAAGAAAACCUGGCUGACUAUGACUGGUUUGCAGGUAACAUCUCCAGGUCGCAAUCUGAGCAGUUACUGAGACAAAAGGGAAAAGAAGGAGCAUAUAUGGUUAGAAACUCCAGCCAGGCGGGAAUGUACACUGUGUCCUUAUUUAGUAAGGCUAUCAAUGAUAAAAAAGGAACUGUCAAACAUUACCAUGUGCAUACGAAUCCUGAGAACAAAUUGUACCUGGCAGAAAACUACUACUUUGAUUCCAUUCCAAUGCUUAUUCACUAUCAUCAACACAAUUCAGCAGGCAUGAUCACACGGCUCCGCCACCCUGUGUCGACCAAGGCCAACAAGGUUCCGGACUCCGUGUCCCUGGGAAGUGGAAUCUGGGAACUGAAAAGAGAAGAGAUCAGCUUGUUGAAAGAACUGGGGAGUGGCCAGUUCGGAGUGGUCCACCUGGGCAAGUGGAAGGGGCAGUAUGAUGUUGCCGUGAAGAUGAUCAGGGAGGGCUCCAUGUCCGAAGACGAAUUCUUCCAGGAGGCCCAGACCAUGAUGAAACUCAGCCAUCCCAAGCUGGUGAAAUUCUAUGGAGUGUGUUCAGAGAGAUACCCUAUAUACAUAGUGACUGAAUAUAUAACCAAUGGCUGCUUGCUUAACUACUUGAAGAGUCAUGGAAAAGGACUUGAACCCUCCCAGCUCUUAGAAAUGUGCUAUGACGUUUGUGAAGGCAUGGCCUUCUUGGAGAGGCACCAGUUCAUACACAGGGACUUGGCUGCUCGAAACUGCUUGGUAGACAGUGAUCUCUCGGUGAAAGUAUCUGACUUUGGAAUGACGAGGUAUGUUCUUGAUGACCAGUACGUCAGUUCAGUAGGAACAAAGUUUCCUGUCAAGUGGUCAGCCCCAGAGGUGUUUCACUACUUCAAAUACAGCAGCAAGUCAGAUGUAUGGGCAUUCGGGAUCCUGAUGUGGGAAGUGUUCAGCCUGGGGAAACAGCCCUACGACUUGUAUGAUAACUCCCAGGUGGUUGUGAAGGUCUCCCAGGGCCAUAGGCUCUACCGGCCCCAGCUGGCAUCAGACACCAUCUACCAGAUCAUGUACAGCUGCUGGCACGAGGCAAGUGGAAGCUUCCAGAAAAGCGUCCCACAUUUCAGCAACUCCUAUCUUCCAUUGAACCACUUCGGGAAAAAGAUAAGCCUUGAAGAAGAAAUUAGGAGAUGUGAUGAGGACGAAUAUAAAUGUUGGCCACCAUUUUCAUUCUUUCAAAGGACAGUAGCAAGGCACGGACAAUGUCAUUUAGUUAGUUCUUAAUAGUGUUCUGUGUGCUGUUUGUUAUUUUAUCUGGAAAUGAACAAGGUAUGAAACAAAAGAUUUCCUUGGAAUUUAGGUCAAAUUAGUGAUUUUGUUUAUGCUGCUCUUAAUAUUACACUUCCCAGCGUAUAGCAGAAGCACAUUUUCUGAUUGCAAUACAGAGAGGGUGAGUACUAUGUAUGAAAAUUGAAUGGAAUUGGAAAAUUAUCUGUUGGAUAUUCUUUUCUUUAUGUCACCACUAUCAUGAUAAUUAAAUAUGCUACCAACAAAUGCAGAAAUGUGGACAUUUGCCUUCAU